AUGAAUUUCAAAUGCUCAAAUCUCUUCCUAAUGAAGGCACAGCAAGCACAUGACAUUGAUGUACUGAAAUGUACCAAACAGUAUCCCACCCGCAGGACUCUCUGUUCCACUGACCAGGGGUGUAAGAAAGGGAAGAAGGACCCACUGAGCAAAGGGAUUCAGACAGGAAAGUGUGUGCCGUACAGCGCAACCCAAAAAACCUGCGAGGUCUCCGCCUGGUGCCCUGUAGAACAAGAGCGAGACGCUCCUCGGCCAGCUCUCCUAAUUAGUGCUGAAAACUUCACCGUGCUCAUAAAGAACAACAUUGAUUUCCCAGGCCACAACUACACCACAAGAAACAUUUUGCCAGGAGUCAACAUUACUUGCACGUUUCAUAAGACUCAUAAUCCUCAGUGUCCAAUCUUUCGGCUGGGAGAUAUCUUCCAAGAAGUAGGGGAGAAUUUUUCUGAUGUGGCAGUGCAGGGUGGAAUUAUGGGCAUUGAGAUCUACUGGAACUGCAACUUGGACUCAUGGUUUCAUUCCUGCCGUCCAAAAUAUAGUUUCCGUCGACUCGAUGAUAGGACCACCAUUGAGUCCUUAUAUCCUGGCUAUAACUUCAUGAGGCACUAUAAUGAAUCACUAAUAGCAGGAACAAUCCGCCAGUCAGAUGGUAGUGAAUGUACUUUGAGUCCUUACGCCAAACCGGAGAGCAUCAGCUCCCAGGAUGAUGCUGAGUUCUCUGGAGAAUGGAAACAGACUUUAAAGUAUGUAUCCUUUGUGGAUGAGCCCCACAUUCGGAAGGUGGACCAACUGUUAUUAGGGAAAAGUUUGCAAGAAGUGGCAGGUCAAGAAGUUCCAAGACCCCGAAGGCAUUUCUCAGACGUGGCCAAGCUGCCCCCCCCAGCCGGAGCCGGUGCGGACCUCAGCCCUGCGGCGCCAGAAGAAAUGCAGCUCCUCCAGGAAAGGCGGAGCCGCCCGGCCCAGAGCAGCCUCCCGUGGUGCCGCUGCGGCCAGUGCCGCCCGUCCCAACUCCCAGAAGGCACCAGGUGCCUGGAGGAGCUCUGCUGCCGCCGGAAGGGGGGGCCCUGCGUCACCAGCUCCGCCCUCUUCCCGGAGCUCGUCCUCUCCCGGGCCUCCCUGCGCUUCGUCUUGCUCUACCAGGAGCCCCUGCUGGAGGCGGACGCCGAAACCCUGAACAGCCGGCUCCGGCGCUGCGCCUACGAGCGCUACAUCGACUGGCGCUUCGGCUCCGAGGACAUGGCGGGCUUCGCCAUCUUGCCCAGCUGCUGCCGGUGGAAGAUCCGAGACCAUUUUCCCAAGCUAGGUGGGAAGUACGGCGGCUUCAAGAGCCCUUCCCCGUACACGUACUUGGAAUAAGAAUAUGGAGCCACUAAAGUGGGCUCCUUGAAACGCUAACAUUCUGGAUCUUCUAGAGAGAUCUGGAAGGGCCGACCUCAGGGCGCGGAAACCUCCUUUCUCAACUAGAAGCUCUGCACGCUUCAGAAGGAAGCAGCCUGGGGGGCAGCUGGGUGGCUCAGUGGAUGGAGAGUCAGGCCCAGAGACAGGAGGUCCUGGGUUCAAAUGUAGCC